AUGUGUGGAACAGAACCCAUUGAAAAAGUCACAAACUACACCUACCCUGGUGUCAACUUCAACACCAAUGGCUCAAUGGAGUCCACAAUGACCAGACUUGCUGAGAAAGCCAGAAAAGCAGAAAAAGCAAAAACAUUAAUCUUGAAUGCUGAUAACAACAACCCUUCAAUUAAAACCAAACUUUUUGAGACCACACAAAUUCCAAUUUUGACAUAUGCAGGAGAGAUACGUUUUAAUCGUGUGUUAAAGCCAUAUUUUAUGACAACACUUCGAAAGAUGAUGAUGAUGACACAAUCAUCUAUCGACCCAUCUGAGUUCCAAAGUGUACAGUACACUGUCAAGGACAAAGUGGCCAAUAUUACAUUGAAUAGACCCAACAGAUUGAAUGCUAUUGGUAUACAUACACCCAAAGAAAUUUACCAAUCGGUAUUACUGGCUAAUAAUGAUGAGAAUGUUAAGGUGAUUGUGUUAUCAGGAAAGGGUAGAGCUUUUUGUUCAGGAUAUGAUCUCAUUGACUUUGCUCAAUCUGAGAGAGGAACAUUUGGGAGUCAAAAAAUGCCAUGGGAUCCGUACACUGAUUACAAGGUUAUGGCUUCAUGUACUGAAGCGUUUAUGUCACUAUGGAAAAGUUACAAACCUACAGUGUGUAAGGUACAUGGAUUUGCAGUUGCUGGAGGUAGCGAUAUCGCAUUGUGUUGUGAUAUGGUAAUCAUGGCGGAUAAUGCAAAGAUAGGAUACCCACCCUCAAGAGUAUGGGGCUGUUCCACUCCAGCCAUGUGGGUGUACAGAGUAGGUCCUGAAAAAGCCAAGAGACUUCUGUUUACUGGUGAUUUGAUCACUGGUAAAGAAGCCACUGACAUGGGACUUGUUUUACAGUCAGUGCCAGAAGACAAGUUGGAUGAUGCUGUUGAUAAGCUUGUACAGAGAAUGGUGAAUGUUCCGUCCAAUCAACUAUUCUUUCAAAAACAAGUUAUAAACCAGGCUGUGGAACAGAUGGGUCUAUCUUCAACACAGAGAUUAGCUACAUUUCUAGAUGGCAUGACCAGACAUAGUCCAGAGGGCGUUUUGUUCCAGCAGAGAGCAUAUGAAGCUGGGUUUAAACAAGCUGUCAAAGAAAGAGACUCUGGGGAUGAAACUGCAUGGUCUGGUCCAAACUCGAAAUUAUGA